CGUUAUCAAUCCAGAAAUGCGACUCAAUGCUGGUUGAAGGAAGUGGUGUAAAGGCGCUCGCGGCUGAAAUUAACGACGACAAUUUUGAUUCCCAAUGUCGGACUUUUAGCGAAGAUUUUGGUGCCAUCUGCGGGAUGGAGAGCGGGUUUAUCAACAGCCAGCCGUCCAUGGCAGAAUUUAUGACGGCGGCGCCUCACAGAGGACCAUCAAUCAACAACUCGCCACCUCUCUGCCAACUGGAGAAUGUGAAUCAGCAGCCCCUCGCUCCUGCUGUGUGUUCAGCGACAGUCCAGUCAACUAAACAUCCCGGCUCGGGAGACGGGCUCGACGUUUCGGUCCCGGAGUAUCCUUGGAUGAAGGAAAAGAAAGCCGUGCGCAAACAGCAUCAAGAGGGCGGAGAAAAUGGGAUGCCGAGGAGACUGCGUACAGCUUACACUAACACGCAGCUCCUGGAGCUGGAGAAAGAAUUCCACUUUAAUAAGUAUUUGUGCAGACCACGUCGUAUCGAGAUCGCCGCGUCCCUCGACUUGAGCGAAAGGCAGGUGAAGGUGUGGUUCCAGAAUCGCCGCAUGAAGCACAAAAGGCAGACCGUAAUGAGCAAGAACGAUGACAAAGGUGGCUCUGGUUGCCAAGGUGACAGUAGUGCUGAGAGCGUUGACAAGGAGAAUUCCCUAGACAAAGAAGAAGGGUUGAUUUCAAACCCUCACGGACACGAUGACCAGACUGAAUGUGCGUCAGAAAAAUCGGAGACCUGUUGUGGCCGGAAUACCGUAUCUCCAGUAGAACCUGAGUCUUGUGUAAAGGGAAUGGAUCAAAACCCUCCAACUUCUCAAGCGACCAAAACAACAGAGCUGGUUCGCCAAGGAAACAAGCUACCAGCUAAUGGAGUGAUAACCCCAGAAGGUUCUCCUGUGGCGGUUGGAGUUGACCUCAUUCACUCGGAAACUAAUUCCUUAGAUGUACUCUCUGAUAAGUAUGGAAUGGCUCAUAGUUUCCCAUUGUUGGGGAGUGCCACGAGUUCUACACUCCACAAACCGGGUCAUUCAGCCUAUCGAUCUCGAGAUUCCACCGUUGGAGACAGUCCGUCAGCUGAGUACCCUUGUCCACAGUUAAUACCUGUAGAUCCUCCUUCCUGCCAGCAGCCACGGAUUUACCCUAGUCCUUACUCGAAGGACGGAAUGUCCAGUUAUACUCAUAGUGGUCAGCGAGAACAAACACCACCCUUUGUGUCCUGUAACUAUUACAAUACACCUCCGCCCACGCACAAACAGCCACAGCGAAGAGUCCAUUCGGAGACGUCCUACAACGUGGCAGAAAACCAAGAGGUUUAUCUCACUGGCUCCUCCAUGCUCCAUCCUCCACUAGGACAUUGUCACGUGCCUCCCUCCUCUCCGGUGGGGCGCGUCCAACCUCGUGGAACUCUAAUGAAUUCUAGCAUCUCAGACCAACACAUGGCAACACACCACCCUCCACCACGUUCUUACGAGAGUGUAAGUCAAACCAUAUCUCCCCACCAACACCCCCCAUCAAACCCACAUUCUUACAUUCAGGAAGACUACAGCCAGUAUGAUAAUUAUAGACUGACCAGUUAUGAUUCGUACCGAGCAGGGGACGACACAAGAAACUUCGUGUCACCUAACGGUCCAAGCGUGUACUGUGAUCUUUCAAAUAGCAGCGAGAACCGCACACCAGACUGUAGCGCCACAGCUCCUAAACAGCAUUUCUCUUCAAAUCCCACGUUUUGUGACCCCACAGGUUCUGUUGGGGACACUGCGAACAUUUCUAGUUAUAACCCAUCUCCAGACCUGUACAACGGUCAGUGUUCGACGAACAGUGAACUUAGUUUUAACUACAGUGGCUAUUAUGAAUCUCGAAAUUACGGAGAGAGUCCCUGUGGGACAAUACAAUUCAACUUCUUCAGCAGUAGUGGCAAUGACUACGCAGUUCCAGAGUAUUACCAACUAAGUUGACUGUGAAUCCAAUCAGCAUCCACUGUGUUGUCAUGAUAACAGUUCGUUACUUGGCAACAAUACAAAAAUCAUAUUGUAAAUAUAGAGAAUACUUUCAGCUAAAGAAAAAAAGUUAUUUGAUUCAUCAAUAAGAAUAAAAUGUAAGCUUUCAUUUUCCAAAAAGUAUUGGAAGACAUCGCCUCCUGUCAAACAAUACUUAUACAAAACGAAAAAUUACGAUUUAUUUGAAGUUGUUACUUUGUAUCUGUUCUGUUGUUUUCUUUGUUUGUCUGUGUUUUAGUGAGUCCAUAUUGUUAAACUUUUAAUUCAUCAUCUUUCAGUUAAUAUUCUUUGAAAUUGAACCGUUCUAGGAAACGUAUUUGAAAACACUGGGUGGGGUCAUCCUACUAAAAAAAUAAAUUAUUACUUAAUUACAAAUUAAUCAAUUCAGUUAAGACUUAAUAUUAAGCAACCAGUCUAUUUAAUGCUAGAACGUCAACAACAGCAUAUAUAAUUAUAUUUAUAGUUUUACUGUUGGAAAUAACAUACACACUCUGCACAUUUGUUUGCAUAUUAAUUAAGUUUGUAGAUGUCGCUGCAGUCGUUGUGUGUAAAAUAAUUUGUUUUAUAUUAAAUUCAUCUUAAAGCGAUAUUAAUAUACUAGCUAAACUAUAUUUAUUAGAAACAUAAAGAAAAUGAAAAGUCAUACUUAUAAUGGUUGGAGACGGCUUGAAUGGGUAAUGAAGAAAACUUUUAAUAUAAGUUUAACAUAACAGCAUUGUACGUUGUGUUUUAUCCUGAAGUGAUAAACAAUUAUAGUUUAAGUCACUUUCUGAAGUUAUAAGUUCCAUUUAUGGUUUUUAAUCAAAUUUUUAUUAUUCUGUAAUUCUUGGUACCGUGUCUUGUCCUCCCACCAGUUAACAACAUAAUCCUUAUAUUCAACAGAUAAUCUUCCUAUCUAAACGUCUUGGUACCGUGUCUUGUCCUCCCACCAG